GGGUGGGGGAAGCGGGUGAGAGUGUUCUGCGCGUGCGUAUUGUCCGAGGGGGCGCGCCUCGCCGCCAUUUUGUGUGGCCGCCGGGCGGACGCACGGCUGUUUCCGGGUUGGAGGCCCUGGAGCAGAGCGAGAGAGGCUGCAGGUUUAUGUGUGACCAAACAUUUUCUUUACACUGAGCCAGCAGGGAGUGAGGUAAAGAUGCCAAUACCUCCUCCCCCUCCCCCCGGACCACCUCCACCCCCAACCUUCAAUCAGGCAAACACAGAGCCUCCAAAACUGAACAGAGAUGAGCAGCGAGGGAGGGGAGCCUUGCUUCAAGACAUCUGUAAAGGGGCCAAGUUGAAAAAGGUGGCCCAAGUCAAUGACCGGAGUGCACCCAUCCUUGAAAAAUCCAAGGGCAGUGGCAGCUACAGCUCGGGUACAUCUCCCCUGCUGCCAAAGGGGGGACUCUUCCAAGGGGGCGUCCCCAAACUUCGACCUGUGGGAGCAAAAGACAACUCAGAUAGCCCUACUGGGAAGCAGGCACUGCAGGUUCCUGGGUCCAGAUCAGCUGCACCACGGCCCCCUGUGCCUGUCACCAACAGCCGGCCCCAAGAUGACACUGACAACAGUCGGGCUUCUCCCCCUGAGCUUCCACGCAUGCAGAGACCUUCUUUGCCAGACCUUUCACGGCCAAACAGUGCCAGCGGCACUGGCAUGAAACACAGCUCCUCAGCCCCACCACCUCCGCCACCAGGACGCCGAGCCAACGCGCCCCCUGCUCCCCCCUCCAUACACAGCAGCAAAGCACCUUCCUAUAACCGUGAGAAGCCAUUGCCUCCGACUCCAGGACAGCGGCUCCCAGGGGGUCGGGAUGGACCGCCAGCCCCUCCCCCCAUCAAGCCACCCCCUUCCCCAGUGACCAUCCGAACAGGACCAAGCAGCCAGGGCCAGAGUCUGGCACCCCCUCCUCCGCCUUACCGGCAGCCUCCUGGGGUCCCCAAUGGCCCUGCCAGCCCCACCAACGAAUCUGCCCCUGAGCUUCCACAGAGACACAAUUCCUUGCAUAGGAAGACACCAGGGCCUGUGAGGGGCAUGGCGCCUCCCCCACCCCCUUCUGCCUCCCCUUCUCUACAGAGCAAUCGCCCCCCUCCUCCUGCCCGUGAUCCUCCAAGCCGGGGUGCAGCCCCUCCACCACCUCCACCUCUGAUCCGGAAUGGCGGUAGAGAUGCACCUCCACCUCCCCCACCCUAUAGAAUGCAUGGGUCUUCAGAUCCCACGAGCCGCGGAAAGCCGCCUCCACCACCCACAAGAACGCCAGUUGGACCACCACCUCCUCCACCACCAAUGAGAAAUGGACACCGGGACUCAAUCUCCACAGUCAGGUCUUUCUUGGAUGACUUUGAGUCCAAAUACUCCUUCCACCCAGUUGAAGAUUUCCCAGCCCCAGAAGAGUUCAAGCACUUCCAGAGGAUUUAUCCCAGCAAAACAAACAGAGCUACUCGUGGGGCCCCACCCUUGCCUCCUAUCCCCAGGUGAAAAACAGCAGGGUAUCGUUGCACAGCACUGAAUCAAUUGGACCAGUGUUCCUCUCUCCAGAUUCCUCUUCCUUUCCCGUCCUUUAGAAACCUGCAUGAGAAACACACUCCUGUUGUUUGUUCAAUCAUUGCAAGAACCUGGAUGAAUCCACAAUAUCUCACCUCCAUCUAUGCAUUUCACAUCCGGACUUAAAUGGACAUCAUUGGGCACAGCUGGGUGAGAACCUUCUUCUGCAGAUCUGUCAGUGUCUCACUUUCCUUGCUGCUCUUGUCAUGCAGGGAGUCUCCCCAGCUUGUAAACCAUUACCACUCAAGACUGUUUGUUACCUGCACAAGGGUGCAGAGAAUAUUUCCCAGAAAAGCAAGCCAAACAGGACAGGUUUUGGAACUGUGGACCAGGUUGAGCCAAGUCUUUAUAGAUGACCAUGAAAAUGGAGAAUUCCAAUUUAACAGACAGCAUUAAAAGAGUCUAUCUCAUGGACUGAAAUAUCUGUUCAACAGUUGAUUGCAGACACUACAUCCUAACUGAUUAAACUAUAUAACUUGAAGAGGAGAGGGGAGGAAAUGAGUGUAAACACAGCACCCUUUGGAGUGAAUUCUGAGGGAAAUUACACAUGGCAUUACCCAUAGUAGCAAAGAGAUUCAGGCUGUACAGCAGAGUUGUGCACUUACACUGCUGAACUAUUCCUCCUUCUGCAGAUCUAGGGCUGUCAUCUUUGUGUGUUGCUUGCUUCCAGUGGUUGCUCGGAUCUUCAUUCAAGUGACUGUGAUUUCUAACAAUACUGUGCUUGUGCAGUGUAGAAGGCAGACAUUGCAUGUGAAGAAACUAUUACAUCAGGGGGCCACCACUGCCAUGUGCAUUGUAUUCAUAAAUAGCUGGGACUUGGGGGUGGGAGCAACCACUGGAAACAGCAGAGGGGAGGGUGAGGAGAGCUGUCUGAGGUGAGGGUUGGCAGUUCCAUUGGAGAAGUGCAAGAUGAUGGUGCCCAUAGACAAAGGUUGGGGAACAUGGACAGAGGUGCUGCAGUGGUGCAGUGACAAGGUGCUUUAGGCCUGAAGUGGUUUAGAAAUUGACACUGCUUGCCUACCUCUUCAGAAGACUACAUUCUCCUAUUUCCUCAAAUGGUGGGAUGUCCCUGUCUUUAUCCCCUUGUGCUGUGGAUAUCUUGGAAUGAGGCACACCUGUCUGUGUACCUAACCCAACAAUAGCAGGCAUGUGUUUAGUUCACCUUUGGGCUGAAGGGUGGAUGGAUGUUGGCUGCCUGCCCAGCCAAUGGAGGCCCUCAGCGAGGCAUUAGGAGGAGGUGGAAAUGAGAAGCAUUCCACUGGUUAGGAGUAGGAUGUUGUUUCUGCCACCCCCACCCACCCCAGUUAGCGGGUCUGAUUAAAACACUAAUGCUUAAAUUGGCUAUUUUAACCCAAAUCUAAUCCACUCCAGUAAAGACACUUUUAAGGCAAGGGUGAGGGCAAUGGACAUGGAGAAACAGGGCCUGACACCAGGGGGAGACCUUCUAGCACACUUUGAGGUCGGAGCAGCAGUUUGUUUUGCCAGAACGAAAAAGAAUUGUGGGUUGUCCAUGUGUUCCUCGGGGCAAUCACUCUGAAACAUCAGUGUGGGAAUGCGCAGACCUAUCUCAGUGCAUGUACAGCCUGCUUGGGAAAUCACUGUUAGGUUGUUUGCAGCAACAGAGGUAUCCCAUUCAGAGUCUGAAUGCCACAGAACUGGCCUUAAAGCAGAAACAACAUUCCUUGCCUCUUCUGACCCUCUCUCCUCAUUCAUACUCUCCGCAGAGAGUUAUAACACUAAGCCUAGCUAGCUGGUUGAUUGGUUUUGUUUGCCUUACACACUACUUCUGUCGUGAUUGGUACUAGAUUUAUUAUAAUUAUUGUGUAUAUUUACUCUUAAAUAACUUGGGGUGGGGAAAUACAUGUUAUAAUCAUAAAUAUUGAUCUAUUUUGUAUGUUGUAAAAAAUUUGUAAUAUAGGAUCAAUGUGGGCUUGCCAGCCAUAUGCUACAAAGUUCUCUCACCUUCUACUUAUCUUUUGUUUAUGAUGAUGGAAAUUCAUCUGCGUUUAUUUUAACAACUGGGCAGCCCCUCAUGUUGAGGGCCAGUGCUCAGUUGGAGGAAUUUCUAUUUCUUUUUUUUUCUUCUGGAGGAAAAUUAAAUUUUGCCCAGUACAGCUGACUGGGAAAAGAAUUAAAUGCAUUGUGCAUUUGCAGGGGGGCGGGGGUAACUUUUUUAAAAGGUAAUAUUCCCUGUAUUGCUAGCUUCCAGUAAAUAAAUCCUUUUGUUUGGGAAGCAACUGUGAAAGGGGUUUCCUAUGCUUGAAAUGGCAGUGAAAUUAAAACUUAAUAAAAGAGGCACAUGUUUUACUUGCAUGCUCUGGGCCAAAGCACUGCUUUCUCUCCCCCACCCCCACCCCCCGGUGUGUUGGGUUUUUACUGUGGUGUGGGUAGGUGUGUUCGCACUUGCAUUUCUUUACUGCACAAGAGUAUAUGUUUGUACAAGGAAAGGUUAGGAAAAUAUAUUAUACUUAGUAAUUCUUUUCUCUUCCUUCCACCCUGCCAAAGCUCAGGGCAGGUUCAUACAAUAUUUUAAAAACCACAAACUUAAAAUUCACCAUCACAAUCAUUGGAUGAAAAUUUCUAAUUUUACUUUGGCAAAAUAUAUUUGAUCGUGUGCUGAAGGCUACUGCCACAUUUCAUACUGGAAAGAUAGGGCCAAUUAGUAUAUUAAGCAGAACUGAACGCUAAACCGCCCUGAGCCUUUUUGGAAGGGUGGUAUAAAAAUCGAAAGAAUAAAUAAAGCUUAUUCCUGAGCUGUGCCAUGUCAGCGUGUGAGUGAGGGAAACUGCAUGUUUGAAUAUCAGUCCAUUUUUUAAAAGUCCUGUGUACAUUAAAAACACACACCUAGCCUGUUGGUAACAAGGCUCAGCCUAGCAUUUCCAGUUUAUCGUUUGAGGUGCAAGUUAUUUUUUGAUUGGAAUAUUUAAACAUGUUCCCUGCUCUCUGCUCUCUCUUACACAUGUAGGGAUGUGCAUGAACCACAGUUUGAGCACAUUUUGGGAGUGGGUCAUGGGAGCUUUAAGAAAGAGGAGAGCAAGUCCUUAACUACCCUCUGCUGCCCCAUGCAGCUUCCUGCUGGGGCAGCCCAUAUCCCAACAAGCCCUGCUUGGUGUCAGCAUGCACAUGGCAUCCACACAUGCAUGAGCACCAUUUGCGUGGUUGGCAACACCAUACUGGGAUCAGCACCACAUGCCCACACAAUGAAGAUGUUGACUAGCCUGUAGAUACAAAAGACCAUGGAUCAUGCUGAUGCUAAGGCUGGUUGUACCAUAUUUGAGACUGUCUGUGAGCAGUCCUUUAGUGCGUGCCAUGAUUCCAUGUAAAUGCAGACAAUGCUCAGAAGAUGAUCUUGAGGCCACAAUUUGGCUUCCUUCUGCUUCUUUCUUUUUUUUUAAAAAAAACAAGCUUCUAGCCUUUUUGAUUACAAAGAGAUGGCUAGAAAUGUGUGGGCAAUGCCCAGUGGAAUCUCAAAAGCUGAUGGGAAAGGUUUUAUUGCCCUGCAUGGUUCCUUGCCCCUCCCCAUAACUAGGAAUAAUAGAAUGAUGCAAAAUAGCUUUCUAAAAAUUGUAGAAUUAUGCAAAAUGAAAUGUUGCAAAUUUCAUUUCCAUAACUCACAUAGGCUACAGAAUCCCACAUUACUUGAUGUGGAAUUUAGGCUACCCUGGUUCAGUUGUAUGUGGAUUUUUUUUGCAGAACACACCCAACCCUGCUCUUCAAUAUUGCGAUCAUACUACUUCUUUCACUGCAAUUGGUAUGUGAAACUGCACCAAAGGUGUAGUGUGUCCACUGAAAAGGUUUGAAAAGGUGUAGUGUGUCCAUUGUUGAAUAACAAGUUAUCCAACCUUCACUCACUGUGCCUUAUCCUUAAGUGGGUCCCAGUUGGGUUAUUUUGGGAUGUCUGUCGACCUUUACCCUCUUGCUAACUGACAUACACUCUGUAUCCUUUGUGUUAAUGCUUUUGUUGACACUAUUACCCUUAGCUGGGGGAACACUACUGAGAACCACUUCCUGUGGCUUCAAGAAUCAGAAUUUGGGUCUCUUGCACUUUUACCUUGUUUUAAGUCUACCCUUUGUCUUUAAGAUUAAAAACUGUCUUUUGUACACCCUUCAUCCUUUUGCUUUUGUUUGUAAAUGUUCGGGGAAAGGACUUUCUCUGGACUUCAUCAACAAGUGAAAGAAUCCCAGGAUUCUCUAGUCUUUUGCUUGUGGGCAUGUUUGACUUGCACCAUCUGAGCUUGCAUAACAUUCUUACAUAAUUUUCUUACCCCAUUAAAAUAUGAGAUUAAAGGUAGAGUGUGCCAUGGAGUCAGUGUCGACUCCUGGCAACUACAGAGCCCUGUGGUUUUCUUUGGUAGAAUACAGGAUGGGUUUACCAUUGCCAUCUCCCAAUAGUGUGAGAUGAUGCCUUUCAGCAUCUUCCUAUAUUGCUGCUGCCCGAUAUAGGGGUUUCCCUUAGUCUGGGAAACAUACCAGCAGGGAUUCAAACUGGCAACCUCAUGCUUGCUAGGCAAGUCAUUUCUCACUGUGCCAUGAGAUUAGCUGUGGGGAAAUCUCCAAGAAAUGCUCUUCAUGUGGUAUUUAGAGGAGCUACUUGUUUCUCUUUUCAAUUUGAUGCUCUUGCCAUUAAAAUGGUCACGAUGUAUGAAGCUAGAUCUUUUUUUAAUACUAGGAAUCCCUCUCUCCAAAACUUUUUUUGAAUGGGAUCUCUGAAGAGCGUUACCUGCCAGUUCCUUUACAAGUAAUUUGCUGUAAAGUAAAGGUAAAGUGCCAUCAAGUCAGUGUCGACUACUGGUGGCCACAAAGUCAUGUGGUUUUCUUUGGUAGAAUACAGGAGGGAUUUACCAUUGCCAUCUCCUGCACAGUAUGAGAUGAUGCCUUUCAGCAUCUUUCUAUGUUGCUGCUGCCCGAUGUAGAUGUUUCCCAUAGUCUGGGAAACAUACCAGUGGGGAUUCGAACCAGCAACCUUUUGCUCCCUAGGCAAGUUACUUUCCCGCUUACUGUAAGCAGUACUUAAAAUGUGAGUUAAUAGAAAGGAUGGCUGCUGCUUAGAGGGCUUUGGUGUAAGAGUUGGUGAGUAGCUGUGUUGCAAAAGACACAAUGAAAUCUCCAUUACUUGCCUAAUCAUCUGAUCUUGUAAGCGAAGCAGGGUCCAAUCUGGUUGGUACUCAGAUGGGACCAUAUCUGGGAAGAUGAGGUGUCAUAGGCUUAUCUAUAUUCUGAUUUUUAUGGGUGGAGAGAUGGUCUUGUAGCAAGCAUGAACUUGGCCCCUUUACUAAGAAGGAUCUGCCCUGGUUUGCAUUUGCAUGAGAUGUGUGAGCACUCACAGAUAUUCCCCUUGGGAUGGGGCUGCUCUGGGAAGAGCAUCUGCAUGCUUGCAUACAGAAGGUUCUAAGUUGCCUCCCUGGCAUCUUCUAGAUAGGGCUGAGAGAUUCCUGCCUGCAACCUUGGAGAAGCUGCUGUCAGUCUGUGUAGACAAUACUGAGCUAGAUGGACCUAUGGUCUGACCCAGUAUAUGGCAGCUUCCUAUGUUCCUAGCAGCAGAUGGUACAUUUGCAUCUCCCCUCCCUUCCUCCUGAAUCCAUGCCUUUCAUCAGAAUCCAGUUUUAAUAAGCAAGUUACUAGUUGUCAUUGUUCUUGUAGAGAUGAGGGUUUAAGGUGAAGGUAUUAUCUGCUGAGGCUUCUUGAGAGGCAGGUUGGAGAGGGUGAAAGAAGGAUUUUGCUCUAUUCUCUACAUACUGUGUUCUACAGUGCCCCCUUCCCUUUUACUGUUUCACUACUUUGCAAGACACUGUAUCGGACUCACAGUAAGUGGGUGCUGUUUUUACUAAAAUUGUAAUUGCAUCUGCUGAUGCAGAAUAGUCUGUCCAUGAUCUAAUAAAUUAAUCAAAUACAAA